UUUUCCCUUGCAAAAUGACAAAACUAACACACUCUCAAAGGCAGACAUUGAGCUCAACCAAAACCAGCGAUAACAAACAGAACCCUGUUACAUUCUCUUCCACUUACCUUAGGAGUUCCUAAACAAUACCGUUGCAAGAUGUUUCAGUUGCUUCUGUUCCUCCUCUUCUUUCUCUCUCCACCGCCACUCUCUCUCUCUCUGAACCAAGACGGUCUCUUCCUCCUCAAAGCCAGGCGCCAACUCUCCGACCCCAACAAUUCUCUCUCUUCGUGGAACUCCCGCGACGCCACGCCAUGCCGGUGGCGCGGCGUCACGUGCGACCCUGUCUCCGGCGCCGUCACCACCGUCAAACUCAUCAACGCCUCCCUCUCCGGCUCCUUCCCCGCCUCCUUCUGCCGCCUCCCCUCUCUCUCGUUUCUCAUUCUCUCUUACAACCUCAUCAACUCCACCCUUUCCGGCGAUGCUGUCGCCGGGUGCCGCAGCCUCCGCCACCUCGACCUUUCCCAAAAUGCCCUUGUGGGUCUCAUUCCUGACACCCUCUCCCAAAUCACCACCCUUGAAUCCCUUGACCUCUCCAGCAACAAUCUCUCCGGCGACAUUCCGGCGACCCUCGCCACCCUCCCCCAUCUCGAAACACUCAUCCUCGUUUACAACCUCUUCAACGGAACAAUACCCAAUUUUCUCGGUAACAUCACUUCGUUGAAAGACCUUCAACUCGCUUAUAACUCGUUCAAACCGGGUCCGUUACCGAGUGAAUUCGGUAACCUCACCAACCUUGAAAACCUCUGGCUCGCACAGUGCAACCUAGUGGGUCCCAUUCCACACUCUCUCGGUAACCUCGCUCGCUUAACGAACCUUGACUUGUCAGCAAAUAGACUCACUGGUUCCAUUCCACAAUCGUUCACGCGCUUGAAGCGCGUGAACCAGAUCGAGCUCUACCAGAACUCGCUCUCCAGUGAGUUACCCACUGGAAUGUCGAACAUGACGAAUCUCCGACUCUUCGACGCGUCAAUGAACGAGUUGACUGGGACGAUUCCCGACGAGUUAAGCGAGUUGCCACUCGCCUCGCUCAAUUUGUACGAGAACAAUCUCGAAGGGUCGUUGCCGGCGAGCAUUGCUCGUUCUCCCAACCUCUAUGAACUCAAAUUGUUCACGAACGGACUCGUUGGGACGUUGCCGAGUGAUUUAGGGAGUAACUCGCCCUUGAAUCACAUUGAUGUUUCGAACAACAAAUUUACCGGCGGGAUUCCGGCGAACCUAUGCCGGCGAGGACAGUUGGAGCAAUUCAUCUUGAUGUACAAUUCGUUUUCUGGGGAAAUCCAUGAAAAUUUUGGGAACUGCAAGAGCUUAAAGAGGGUUCGGUUAAGGAACAAUAACCUCUCAGGCACGGUCCCCGAAGCGUUUUGGGGUCUACCCCAUUUGGAAUUGCUCGAGCUUCUCGAGAAUUCUCUUUCUGGGCACAUUUCUAAUGCGAUUUCCGGUGCUUAUAAACUUUCAAGUUUGUUGCUUUCGAAUAACCGGUUUUCAGGGUCGAUUCCUGAUGAAUUUGGGUUGUUGAAUGGUCUUUUGAAGUUUGCUGCUAGCCAUAAUGAUCUUUCGGGUCGGAUUCCGCAGAGUAUGUCAAAUUUGGGGCAGUUGGUUAAUCUUGAUCUUAGUUAUAACCAACUUUCUGGUGAUCUUUUUGGGGGAAUUGGUCAUUGGACUAAGCUCACUGAACUUAAUUUGGCAAAUAAUAAGUUUGAUGGUAAAAUUCCAAGAGAAUUAGGAAGCUUGUCUUUGCUGAAUUCUCUUGAUCUUUCACUCAACAAUUUUUCUGGUGAAAUCCCACUCCAGUUGCAGAAUUUGAAGCUCUCUGAGAUGAAUUUGUCUUACAACCAUCUAUCUGGUGUUAUUCCUCCCCUUUAUGCCAAUGACAAGUAUAAAAUGAGUUUUGUUGGAAAUCCUGGGCUCUGUGGAUAUCACUCUGGGCUUUGUUAUGGCUCUGGUAAGAGUAAGAACCGGAGCUAUGUGUGGAUUUUGUGGUCCAUAUUUGUGAUUGCUGGAGUUGUGUUCAUUGUUGGGGUGGUCUGGUUUUACUUGAAGUGCAGAAAAGUGAGGAAAUUGAAGAAGGGUUUCAGCACUUCAAGGUGGAGGUCUUUUCAUAAGUUGGGGUUUAGUGAGUUUGAGGUUGCUAAAUUGCUGAAUGAAGACAAUGUAAUAGGAAGUGGAGCAUCUGGGAAGGUCUACAAGGUGGUGCUUAGCAAUGGUGAGGUGGUGGCAGUGAAGAAAUUGUGGGGAGUAUCUGCGAGUGCGAAUGAAAAUGUUGCUUCUGGAAAAGAUGAAUUUGAGGCUGAAGUUGAGACGCUGGGAAGGAUUAGGCACAAAAAUAUUGUAAAGUUGUGGUGUUGUUGCAAUAAUGGUGAUCACAGACUUCUGGUUUAUGAGUAUAUGCCAAAUGGGAGCUUGGCGGAUGUGUUAAAGGGUUGCAAGAAAAAUCGGUUGGAUUGGCCCACUAGGUACAAAAUUGCUAUUGAUGCUGCUGAGGGGCUUUCUUAUUUGCAUCAUGAUUGUGUCCCACCCAUUGUUCACAGGGACGUGAAAUCUAACAACAUAUUGCUGGAUGGAGAGUUUGUGGCAAAACUCGCUGAUUUUGGGGUUGCCAAAAUGGUUACAGGAGCCAGCCAAGGUGCAGAAUCAAUGUCUGUGAUUGCAGGAUCUUAUGGCUACAUUGCACCAGAAUACGCGUAUACUCUUCGGGUGAAUGAAAAGAGUGAUAUCUAUAGCUUUGGCGUGGUGAUUUUGGAGUUGGUAACUGGAAGACCCCCCAUUGAUCCAGAAUAUGGUGAAAAUGAUCUUGUGAAGUGGGUUUCCUCUGCAUUGGAAAAUGAAGGAAUGGAUCAUGUGAUUGAUCCUACUCUCGACUCCAAAUACAUGGAAGAAAUCAGCAAGGUAUUGAACGUGGCGCUUCAUUGUACCAGUUCCCUUCCUAUAUCUCGCCCUACAAUGAGGAAUGUAGUGAAAAUGCUUCAAGAAGUAACAACAGCUCCCAAAUACAAAAAUACUAACGAUGAUAAAGUCUCUUCAUACCAUGAAGGUCCAUCUUAUAGUAUUAGGGAAGCAUAGUUGAUUUGAGCAAUGUGAUAUAAAAUAGACAGCUUAACUUUAGUGGAUUAUGAGAAGGGUGAAAUUUUGAAGAUCGAUUCUGUUUAGGGGAUAUAUAGUAUACAGCAACUGUCAGAAAUCAUUAGAGCUAAGGCUCUGUUAUAUAAUACAUAUUAACAUGGGAAAGUGAUUGAAUCACUUUAAAAUUUUUCGUAGAAAAUUGUGUGGUAAUCAUCAAUUGGUACCCAACAUAAUUUAUUAUAAAGUUUUUUUGUUUUAAGGUUGUGUAUUGUUUGUUUUACGUGAAACGGUCUAUUCAUCUUUUAAUGUUAUGGAUACAAAAAGUUUAUUACUU